AUGCGACUCUGGCAGCUUCCAGUCACGCAAGACGAAACCAUCACUUGCUACGAUGACUUGGGUCAUCCGAAAAACCACGGUCUAGAGCAGAGAUACGUCAGCCCUACUACUGGGAUCUGUCGAAAGCUUGUCGUGCAAGCUGUCACUCCCUCCGGCACGUCCGAAAUCGCUGUCAGCAGCCACACCAAUCAGGCAAGCAAAAUCGCCAUGUGGCUGUUGGCCAAUUUCCCUCCCAUACGAGGGUGGAUCAUUUUUAGAUGGGUAAUGAUAUGGUUGUGGUUUACGUUGAAGCUCUUCUGGUCAGACAACGAGACGUACAACAGUGGACACUACAAACCAUAUGCUCGCAGUUUCCGGGGUCAGCUAUGGGCAGCUCGUUCACCUAUGGAACAUUCUUCGCGCAUUAUCGAUGAGGGCGAGAUGGAUAUCCCUACACAUACUCUUUAUCCUCGACUUCUUAUUAUCCGUGACCCGGUCCGAAAUGAGUGGGUCCCAUGUGCAGAUCGCGAUACCAUUAUUCAUACCAAGUUCAUCGCCAUCUCUUUCAGUACCGCUGAUGCAUACACCCAAGGCGCAGAUGACGAGGCACUUCAAAAGGCUCAGUUCAUAGAGGAGGUUCGUGCAGCAGUGCUCGGACAGAAAUACGAUGCGUAUUGGCUCGACUUGGAGUGUGUAGGAAAGAUGCCAUCAGAGAAGAAUCGUGAUUUGUAUUGCAUGGCGGACGUCUACCGUGCAGCAGAUGUGACUUUGAUCAUGCUCGGAAAAUCUACGGCUGGGGAGAACGAGUGCUGGAGAAGCUGGGGCCAACGGGUAUGGACUAUGCCCGAAGCCCUCCUGGGCCCUCACCUUCGCUACAAGUUCCGAGAUCGGGAGGCGGUUACGCCGUUGUCAUUGUUUGAGCUAGCCAACCUGGCUUACACAAGAUAUGAUGUCGAACAAGCUAUCAUCAACGCGUACAGCGGGAAGGAUCCGCUUGAGAGGCUGGAGCGCUUGACGCUGUUGAAAUCAGCUAUAUGGCAGCGUGCUACGGCAGCUUUAGCACCAGGUGUUGCUCCCCCUCCAAAGCUGGAUAUGAUAGGAGACUCCGAGAAGUCUAUCAUCGGUGGGCCGUACCCGGCUGCGCGCGUGUAUGCACUGAUGGGCUUUUUUGAACAUCGGAUUCAGCCAAACUACUUAGAGGACGAUUUGCACGCUCUUGUGAGGCUGUCGAUGGCCAACGACAAUGACCGUAUCGUUGAGCGCAUGGUAUCCAUGCUGCCCUUGACCACCACCAAUACGGCGUGUUGGUACUCUGACGAUGAUAUUUACGGCGCCAACCUUUGGGACAUUAUACCAGAGAUCCAGGUCGCUGGUGUCACGGAGAAUGGAGCUCUUGUAGUUGAUGGGUGUCGGAUGGCAUCCAUCAGAUGGAAAGAUUUUCCGGAGGUUGCAUUUGAGCCCACAGAUUCCUUCAGGCGGAACGUCAUCGGUUUCUUUCCGUAUCUCUCAUUGCCAGCUCUCAUCAUCGGGCUAAGUGUUCUUACGAUCAGCCGAGUAGGAGGCAUCGCGCUCAUCGUAAUCGGAUUUGUGUUCCUUGUUAUGUCCCCUUGGAUGCUCGUUUUCAGCAAAUCUGGGCGUAUCAUCAGUACACAACCAUGGUUGAUUGGAGUAAAAGGGGCCAUCAGCAUCAAAGAGGUUGAGAAGCACUUGUACGGUGGUGCCAAAGCGCACUUCCCAAGAAUGUAUUUCACGCCGAGUGGAUCAAAGUUCUCGAGGCCAGAAAAAGGUUCAGAACGGGGAGGUUCGGCCGUACAAUAUGACGAUGCCAAACAAGCGGAUAGUGGACCCGAUGCAGGACACAUCUAUACGCUCAUCGAUACGUGCUCGUCGACGAUGUACUAUUUUCGUGCAGAGCGACCGCCGACUGUGUGUAUUUUCACCGGACGUGAGGGAGGGCUCGGGAGGUUUGUGCUGUGUUCGGAGAGGUGUGGUAUUAAUGAGCUGCACAAGGAAAGCGUGUUGAGAAUGCCGACGGAGAUUAGUCAGAGAAUGCUGUUAUACGGAUGGGUCGCGCUUGGAUGA